AUGCCUACUUCGAACAAACUUCUGGUGCGCUCCUCUCGUACUGCCAAACCUCUCAUCACUCCGGCCACGACCCCCCUCCAGUUGACCAAAGCGGAUGGCCACGACUCCCUCCAGUUGACCAAAGCGGGUCUCCAUCGUUCCCUGCAGCAUGUGAGACAGCUGAUCGAUCUUGGUUCCAACAGUGUUGAUGCCCGCCGUGAGGGUUGGUCCAUCGGUAACAACGUCGGUGCGGAUUAUGCUCGCCUGGAGCCGAGAGUCCUCAAUGGCUUUCAGAAGUUGACUUUGGAAAGCCAGAAAUCCCUGCGACGAGAAAACAGGCAAGGAAAGAAGACUAUUCUGCAUCGUCUCGCCUUUGCAGUUUGGUCUCAAGUACAACGCCGCAUCCUAAAGGAUCACCCUACGCAUAUGAACAAGUAG